UUAUGAUAAUGUCAACAAAGUUCGAGUAGCUAUCAAGAAAAUCAGCCCUUUUGAGCACCAGACCUACUGCCAGAGAACCCUGAGGGAGAUAAAAAUCUUACUGCGCUUCAGACAUGAGAACAUCAUUGGAAUCAAUGAUAUUAUUCGAGCACCAACCAUCGAGCAGAUGAAAGAUGUAUAUAUAGUACAGGACCUCAUGGAAACAGAUCUCUACAAGCUCUUGAAGACGCAACACCUCAGCAAUGACCAUAUCUGCUAUUUUCUUUACCAGAUCCUCAGAGGGUUAAAAUAUAUCCAUUCAGCUAACGUGCUGCACCGUGACCUCAAACCUUCCAACCUGCUGCUCAACACCACCUGCGAUCUCAAGAUCUGUGACUUUGGCUUGGCCCGUGUUGCAGAUCCAGACCAUGAUCACACAGGGUUCCUGACGGAGUACGUUGCCACACGUUGGUACAGGGCUCCGGAAAUUAUGUUGAAUUCCAAGGGCUACACCAAGUCCAUUGAUAUUUGGUCUGUAGGCUGCAUCCUGGCAGAGAUGCUCUCCAACAGGCCCAUCUUCCCGGGGAAGCAUUACCUCGACCAGCUGAACCACAUUCUGGGUAUUCUUGGAUCCCCAUCCCAGGAAGACCUGAAUUGUAUAAUAAAUUUAAAAGCUAGAAACUAUUUGCUUUCUCUUCCGCACAAAAAUAAGGUGCCAUGGAACAGGCUGUUCCCAAAUGCUGACUCCAAAGCUCUAGAUUUACUGGACAAGAUGUUGACGUUCAACCCUCAUAAGAGGAUUGAGGUGGAACAGGCUCUGGCCCACCCAUACCUGGAGCAGUACUACGACCCAAGUGACGAGCCCAUCGCCGAAGCACCGUUCAAGUUUGACAUGGAAUUGGAUGACUUGCCCAAGGAAAAGCUCAAAGAACUCAUUUUUGAAGAGACCGCUAGAUUCCAGCCAGGAUACAGAUCUUAAAUUUCUCAGGACACGGGCUCCGAGGACGGGCCACGCGCAGGCAUCGCUGUUCUUCCUCCCAGCUCCUGACCCCGGGCCCGUCUCCAGCCUGUCUUGGCGUGUCCACCUGACUCCUUUGAGCCAUUCGGAGGGGCAGUUUCUGGUAGUUGUGGCUUUUAUGCUUUCAAAGAAUUCCUUCAGUCCAGAGAACUGUUCCUGGCACCCCUGUGUGUGUCGCCC